GCCACAUUCAAGGGAGUAUAUAAAUAAAGUUGAAAAGUUUACAGUUCAAAGUUGUGACGUGUUAUUAUCUUAUACCCGGUACUGUAUCACCGGUAUUUAAAGAAAUACAAAGUGAAGUAAAAAAAAGUAAUGGCCGAUCCUACUCGUUUGGAUCUUGUGAUUCUUGGAGCCACAGGGUUUACAGGCUUGCAUUGUGUUCCAUAUGUGUUUAAAGUUUCCAAAGAAAAAAACCUGACUUGGGGUGUAGCGGGUCGAUCCGAAGACAAAUUAAAAGAUGUUUUGGAAAAAAUGGGGAAAAAAGUUGAAGCCGAUUUGUCGGGAAUACCAAUUAUUAUAACAGAUAUUAAAGAUGAUGAUUCUUUGUUGAAGAUGGCACAAAGAGCUAAAGUUGUGAUAAACUGUUGUGGACCUUAUAGAUUUUUGGGAAUGCCUGUUGUCAAGGCUUGCGUAACAGCAGGUACUAAUUAUGUUGAUGUAACCGGUGAACCUCAGUUUAUGGAGACUGUACUUUUGGAGUAUGAUGAGCUUGCUAGGGAAAAAGGUAUAUAUAUCGUGAAUGCUUGUGGUUUUGAUUGUAUUCCCAGUGAUUAUGGAUUAGUAUAUCUUCAAGACAAAUUCGAUGGUGUUUUAAACAGUGCUGUAACUUAUUUGAAAGUUUGGGUAGAUGGUAAAGUCUCGGGGCCAAAUAUUAAUUAUGGAACUUGGCAUAGUUUGGUAUAUGGUUUAAAACAUGCCACUGAACUUUCUGAAUUACGUAAAAAGUUGUUUUCUAAAAGAUUACCAAGUUUCAAGCCUAAACUUAAAUCAAAUACUUUACCACAUCGUUCUGACAAGGUGAAAGGAUGGAUAUUACCAUUUCCUGGAGCCGAUCGGUCAGUUAUGAAAAGAACACAAAGAUAUUUGUAUGAAAACGAAUCUAAAAGACCGAUUCAAGUAGAUACGUUUUUCACUGUACGGAAUUUUAUUGAAGUAAUCGGAAUCGUUUUGUGUUUCUUAUUGUGGAGCUUUUUGGUUAAAUUUGAAUUUGGUAAACGUUGGUUACUCAAUUAUCCUAACAUAUUCACAUUGGGUUUCUUCAGUAAAGAUGAAACUCCAUCUGAAGAAACAAUUGAAAAACAAUUUUUCCAAAUAACUUUUUACGGUGAAGGCUGGAAAGAAAAAUUGGAGGAUAAGGAUGACGAAUAUAGUACACCGCCAAAUAAACAAGUGAUAGCCCAAUUGAAAGGAAAAAACCCCGGAUACGGUACCACUUGUGCAGGAGUAGUCGGUGCGGCACUUAUGAUUGCCACGGAAAAGGAUAAGUUGCCACAAAAGGGAGGAGUUUAUACGCCGGGGGCAGCGUUCAAAAACACUACCCUGAUGAAAUAUCUUAUGGAUAACGAAAUAACUUUUGAAAUUAUUAGCGAAAAAGAUCUCUAAUGUAAUAAUUACUUGAUCAAUCAGUCAAGAUUGUGCCCCCCUUUAAUUAUAACUAGUAGUUAAACAUAUAUUUAGAAGACUGAUUGAGUGCAUUUGAAAAAAAUAUAUUUAUUAACUUUAAUCGCUAGAUUUUGAUAUUUUUGUUGAAAAUUUAAAAAAAAAACAUAAAUGCUACUUAUUAUCGUUAAUUAAUUAGUAUAUUAAUAAGAUUAUAUUAAUUAGCUUAUUCUAAUAAUGCUAAUUACUCAGUUUUAAUCACCUCUAUAUGUUAAUCAUAAUUUUAUAUUGUUUUUAUUCUAAUAUUUGUAAUGUCCUUAUUUUAUGAGAUUUAAAUUUUCUUCUUACGAUUUA